UAUCGGUAUGCUUAUGUGGGAGAUUUCAUCUGGACAACCACCUUUUGCUUAUUAUGACCAUGAUUAUGAUCUUGCAAUAAAUCUAAUAAAAGGAUUGAGACCACAAAUUGUACAAGGGACUCCAACAGCAUAUAAGAAAUUAAUGAAAAUUGCAGAGAUUAAUUUAGUGGAAUUUACACCACGUAGUGAAAAAGAUAAAUUAAGUUAG